AUGAAGCUCAAAUGUUUUUGCACCAUCUCAUUGGCUGCUUCUUUUGUUGCCGCUGAUUGGCAAUUCAAAUCCAGGCCGGACCUUUCCCCUCCCAUAUUGAACAUCGCUAUACCCGCAAACCAAAACACCUCGCCAGGAUAUCUCUUUGCCGCUCCUUUCUCAGGCUAUGCCGAUAACAAAAAUCAUGGUCCAAGACAAGCAGCGCCUUACAUCUUCACAGACAAGGGUGAACUUGUGUGGUCCGGGUUUUCCUAUUUCUCGAUUUGGGCAACUAACUUCCAGAAAGGACGCUUGAAUGGUGAAGACAUACUCUUCUCUUUUGAGGGCUCUCAUAACCCUGAUUAUGGCCACGGCCACGGUCACGUUACAAUAUUAGAUUCGCACUACCAAACAAUAAAAGAGCUUAGGGCGGGAAGACACAAAAUAAUUGACAAGCACGAGUUCCACAUCAUUGACGAGAAAACUGGCUUAGUCCAGAUUUACCAACCAGUUCCUAGAGAUCUGACUUUGUAUGCCAAGUCUGAAGAGCAGCAGUGGAUCGUGGAUGCCAUCUUUCAGGAAAUAGACAUUGAAAGCGGUGAGGUGCUCUUUGAGUGGAGAUCAUUAGACUGGAUUUCCCCUGACGAGUCCAUUCUUCCAAUAAAUGAAGGCCAAGCUGGCAGCGGUUUCAAUUCAAGCGAUGCCUGGGAUUACUUUCACAUUAACUCUGUUGACAAGAACGAAGAAGGUGAUUACUUACUGUCAGCAAGGGAUGCAGCCGCUCUUUACAAAAUAAAUGGUACAAGCGGAGAAGUUAUUUGGAAGCUGGGUGGUCUCCCUGAGUUGAGCUCAGACUUCAAGAUUGAUUUUCAGUUCUCUUUCCAACAUCACGCUAGGUUUAUCUCACGGAAUGGAUCUAAAGAGGUGAUUUCCUUCUACGACAACUCUGCGCACGGCACCGAAAACAAAGACGGAAAGACUGUAAGUUACGCGGAGACAUCCUCAGGAAAAGUAAUAGAAGUUGAUAACAAAGAGUUCACAGCACAUUUGUUGCGAGAAUUUCUGCCUCCAGAUGGUCUCCUUUCAAAGUCUCAAGGUUCAACACAGGUAUUGAGCGAUGGACACGUGAUCGUUAAUUGGGGCUCCAAAGGAGCAGUUACAGAAUACAACUCAAAAGACGAAGCUGUAUUCCACGCAUACUUUGACUCAGAUUUGCUAGGGGAGAACGUUGAAAAUUAUAGGGCCUUUAAGUUCAACUGGAUCGGCGAACCCGAUGAAGACAUCUCUCUUUACUCAGAAAUUAGCGCCGAUGGCGAAGCCUCAAUAUACGUUUCGUGGAAUGGUGAUACCAAGACCCAAAAGUGGAGGUUUUUCGAGCUGGAUGAAGAGGGCGAGAAGCAGAUCAUUGGAGCAACAACAAGAAAAGGAUUUGAAACGGCUUUCAAAACCAAUAAAAUCAAAUUGUCAAAUAAAGUUCUUGUAGAAGCGUUGGGCGAACGUGGCGAGGUUUUAGGAGUUUCUGAUCCUACACUAUCUCAAAAGGAAAUUAUUCCUGCUGGCGGCAAGAAGGUUUCAACAAAAAACAGCUUUUCAAACUACUUUGAAUGGAGAAUGUGGCAAUAG